AUGGCUCCUUUCGAUAGCUUUGCGCCUGGUGGUCCACUCAUAGACCGUGGCAAGGAUGAAAUAGCUACUACCUCCGAAGAUAAGGGUUUUUACGAUGUGUGCACUAGAACCACUACCAAGCCAAUGUGUGCAUUGGAUGACGGUGGAGGGAUUGGCGGGCAAGGUGCCAGUUCCGAGCCUGUUGCCAUCGUGGGUAUGGGCAUGAGACUUCCAGGGAAGGCAAGGACAUCUGAAGACUUUUGGAAUCUCCUCGCCAACAAGGAAAGUGGUUGUAUUCGCGUUCCGGAAGAUAGGUAUAAUUCAGAGGGGUUUUACCAUCCUGCGGGUCGACCAGGCUCAAUCUGCACACAGCAUGGUCAUUUUUUACAAGAGGACAUUCGUCAUUUUGACAAUGAGUUUUUCUCCAUUUCACCCACGGAUGCAGGCAACAUGGAUCCACAACAACGAAUGCUAUUGGAAGUAGUCUGGGAAUGCAUGGAGAACGCAGGACAGGUAGGCUGGCAAGGCACUGACGUUGGGUGUUUUGUUGGAGUAUUUGGAGAAAGCUGGCUUGACAUCACCUCUAGAGACCUACAGCGUCCUUGGGAUGGACAGGUGAACUCUACGAUGGACUUUGCCCUUGCAAAUCGUGUGUCUUAUGAGUAUGAUCUGAGGGGCCCAAGCCUGACAAUCCAAACAGCUUGUUCAUCGGGCUUGGUGGCCCUCCACGCCGCCUGUCAGGCAAUUUCGAGCGGCAGUUGCACCUCGGCCAUAGUCGCGGGAACGAAUCUAAUCAUCACACCGACAAUGAUGAUGGCGAUGACUGCGGAGGGAGUCAUAUCCUCCUCGGGUACCUCAAAAACAUUCGAUGCAGCAGCAGAUGGUUAUGGCCGUGGAGAGGCGAUUACUGCUAUCCUGCUCAAGAAGGUAGACAGAGCAAAGGCAGACAAUGACCGUAUUCGAGCGACGGUCCGGGCCACGGCGACAAACUUUGACGGUAAAACUGCAGAUAUGAAGACACCCAAUCCCCGAAGCCACGAGCAGUUGAUACGUCAAACUUAUGAUGUCGCUGGGAUCCAUAACUUCUCCGAGACCGCCUUUGUUGAGUGUCACGGAACGGGCACGACAGUUGGAGAUCCUCUAGAGGCAGGCGCCAUUGCCGAGGUAUUUGGGGAGAAGGGUGUCAUGAUCACAUCUGUAAAACCAAAUGUUGGUCAUUCCGAGGGCGCAUCCGGUAUCACCAGUAUCAUCAAGGCUGUCCUUUCUAUUGAAAAUGAGCAAAUACCGCCUAAUAUCAAUUUCUCCAUGCCUAACCCUCGGAUCCCUUUUCAGAAAGCCCAUCUCCAGGUCCCUGUACAGCUUACAGAAUGGCCUGCAGACCGCCGUAAGAGGGUCAGCAUCAACGGCUUUGGGAUUGGGGGCGUUAAUGCACACGCCAUCAUUGAAUCGAGCAACUACUGCAGGACAGAGCGUCAAAGAACGACCCAUCGCUCCACGAACGGCCCAAAGCUGAUUGUAUUGUCUGGAAAAAGCUGCAGCGCCCUGAAACAGAGAAUCUCGCAAUUUGAAGGCUACUUAGCGCGGACCUCGAAAGAAAUACGUGAUAUCGCGUAUACCAUGUGCCAACGCAGAGAGCAUCUGAAAUACCGAGCUUUCGCUAUCGCGGAUGGAAGAGAAUCCGUCUCAUUCUCUAGUAUCGAAAAAUCCUUCCCAUCGACGUCGCGACUUGCUUUUGUAUUUACAGGACAGGGGGCUCAGUGGGCUGGAAUGGCAAAGGACCUUUACUUGCUCUCCCAGUGCUUUCGCAACAGCGUCAGCAAGCUUGACAAAGCUUUACAAUCUCUACCAGACCCUCCCGAGUGGAAGAUAAUAGAUCUAUUUUCGUAUCCGGAGAAAGGCUAUCAGAUCAAUACGCCCGGGCUAUCACAACCCCUUUGCACGGCUUUACAGAUUGGUCUGGUCGAUAUGCUUGCGGAAUGGAACGUUCAUCCCGCCGCUGUCCUGGGUCAUUCCAGUGGUGAAAUCGCGGCAGCCUAUUCAGCCGGUGCCUUGACAGCAGAGUCUGCAAUUAUUGUUGCCUAUUACCGCGGUAAGAUCGCAGAGAAAGCUGCCUUGCGCUCCACAAAAGGUGGCAUGGCAGCAAUUGGACUUGGUCGUGAGGAGGUGUCUCCGUACCUUAUGGACGGAGUCAAAGUGGCGUGCGAAAACAGCCCGAGAAGCGUAACUCUCUCUGGCGACAGCAAUAAGUUAAACAAGAUCACCGAGAAUAUUCAGGCAGAAAAAAAGGAUGCCUUCUGCCGCCCUCUCCGUGUGAAUGUGGCAUAUCACUCGCGGGAUAUGGAGUAUUUUGGUCCAGAGUAUGAGUCUCUCCUAGGCCGUGGUGUGCAGAGCGGUGGGUGCAGAAUACCGUUAUAUUCUACGGUUACUGGUCAAGCAAUGCCCAGUAGCAGCGAAAUGCGGGCUUCCUACUGGCGUGGAAACUUGGAGAAGCCAGUACUUUUCUCUCAGGCUGUGAUGGCGCUUUUAAAAGGACAAGAAAUAGAAGCGAUCGUCGAGGUUGGGCCACACUCAGCCCUAGCUGGUCCUCUACGGGAGCUAUUUGCAGCUGAGAAUAAGGUGUUACGCUAUAUCCCUACGGUCGUACGCGACAAAAGCCCGUUGUGUUCCUUAAUGAAGACCGCUGGUAACCUCCACGCCUUUGGCGUCCCGAUAGAACUUGCGGCUGUCAACGGAAUUGCUGGUGAGAGAAAUAUCGUCACAGAUAUUCCGUUGUAUCCUUGGCAGCAUGGAACCAACUUCUGGGACGAGAGUCGACAUGUUAAAGAGUGGAGGUCACGGCAGCACGCUAACCACGAGUUGCUCGGAAGCCGUGUUUUCGAAACUACUUCCCUAGAACCGGCCUGGAGGAAUGUCAUUCGAUUGAAUGACGUGCCCUGGUUGCGGGACCACCAAGUCGGCAAUGAUAUUGUAUUUCCCUGCAGCGCAUAUGUGGCUAUGGCAGGGGAAGCUGUCCGCCAGAUCUCAGGGUAUGGCAAUUACAUCUUACGAAACAUUUUCAUCAAAAAUGCCUUGCUUCUCAAGGAAACCGAAUCAGUUGAGUUGUUUACAAGCCUCAGGCCAGUACGGCUGACCGAUGAGCUUGAUUCCGCAUGGUGGUCAUUCUCCGUCACCUCAUGGAAUGGCACGCAUUGGAUGCAACAUUGCGCCGGGGAGGCUAAAGGUGUGGCUGAAGGUCGUCGAUCAACUGAAAGAAUUUGCGAUCUUGCACGACAUGUACCGUCACCGUCAUGGUAUCGUAGCGUGCGUAACAUUGGAUUGCGUUAUGGGCCCAGCUUCCAAUGUCUGAAAAAUAUCUCUGCCAGCCCAACCCACCCUUUGGCUGCAGCCACUGUCUACGAGGAAAAAGACCCCUACAACAACCCAUAUCCACUCCAUCCUACCACUAUCGACCAGUGCAUUGUUCUCUCUGCAGCGGCAUCUUGCAAUGGUCUAGUUCGCAAACUAGGGGAAGCCUUGAUACCCCAAUCCAUAGACGAGAUAUUCAUCGGUCAGGGAAGUUCUCAUAUAUCCGCGAAAGGCACGGCAAACAGAGCUGAAAGCGGUACUGUGAUUGGAAACGCCGUUGCAGAUUCAGCCGGUAUCGUUGUCAUGCAGCUUCGAAAUGUGCUCUUGAAACGCGUCAGCGUCACUGAGGAUGCGCAAGAUCGUGAUACGUUAGCAGGCGCACAGAUGACGUGGACGCCGCUGAUAGAUCUCGCAUCAUACGGACAACUUAUGCGGCCAAAUUCGCAUCGUGACAGCAAAGUCUUAGUGGAGAAAUUAGCAGUUUCGUGCAUUCUUGAAAGUGCAUGUCAAAUGAGUACGCGUCGUGCCUCGUCCGAACACCUUCGAAAAUUUCAAUCGUGGAUAUGUUUCCAGGUCGAACGAUUUGCAAGAGGCGAUUACUCUGUCCUCCGCGAGACAGGCGCGUUGUUAGCCACAUCGUCAUCAAUUAGAAGGACCAUGAUCGGUGAGACUGCGGCAAAAUUAAAGUCUGGUCAAUUUGCGCCCUAUGUGCAGGCAAUAUUAUCCAUUUAUAACAACAUGGACGAUAUUCUUGAGGAAAGAGUCCAUGGGCUCGACCUGUUGGCCAGAGACGAUUGUCUGACUGACAUCUAUCGGACCAUCGGGAGCACGAUGGAUCUCGGAGACUUUUUCACCUGCUACGGCAAAUCACGCCCGAAUAUGCGGAUCCUCGAAAUAGGUGCAGGGACUGGCGGUAUGACCGAGACUGCACUCCGAGCCCUGUCUUUAGCUAGCGGAGUCCGCUUGUUUUCGACCUAUACUUUCACCGAUAUCUCUCCAGGGUUUUUUCAAGCAGCAAAGAAAAGGUUUUCCGGGUACGAGGGCAUAAGUUACCAUGUCCUUGACAUCAGCCGCGAUCCGAUUGAGCAAGGCUUUGCCGCAGAGCAGUAUGACUUGGUUAUUGCUGCAAAUGUUCUGCACGCAACUCCUUCACUCUCCAGGACUCUUAGGAACGUAAGGAAGCUUGUUGCGCCAGGCGGCCGUCUGUUUCUCCAGGAGGUCUGCGGAGAUAUGGUCGCACAAUCAUACAUUAUGGGUUCUCUCCCGGGGUGGUGGCUAGGUGACCACGACCAACGUGUUAACAGUCCUUAUGUGGAGCCCGAAAGAUGGCACGAGGAGCUUCGGAAGUCUGGAUUUCGUGGAGCACAGUCGGUUGUGUACGAUGAUCAAAAGCCAUUUCAUCAAAUGGCUCACAUCGUAUCCAUGCGUGAAGAGAUUGACCCGGAAAAGUCCGUUACCUUGCUCCAUGAUGGGCUCAUUGGCAACACCGGGAAGUCCAUUCAACAGUCAUUUAUCCAUCGCGGAUAUACUGUCUCUUGGUGCAACCUGGGCCAGGAUUUGCCUGGUAAUCAAAGUGUCGUAUCUUUGCUGGAGCUGGACAGACCUUUCCUUCAUGACAUCUCCAAGGAUAACUGGAAUAACAUCCAGGGGUUGCUGUCCGGACUGACGUCCCAGGGCGUACUUUGGGUGACGCUGGAAAGUCAACUGCAAAGCACAGACCCGCGCUAUGGCAUGAUCCUUGGUCUAGCCAGGACUAUCCGGAUGGAGGCUUCAUUGGACUUUGCUACCCUAGAAAUCGAUGGUUCAAGCCAGACGGCCGCCAAAGGGAUUGUAGAUGUUUAUGAACAUUUUGACAGUUUCAGACAAUUGCCUGGCGCAGAUGUUGAUUUCGAGUAUAUCCUGACCGGUAGCACAAUCCAGGUGCCAAGGUACCUGCCAUGCUCCCUGAACUCGGAAUUGGAAGCGACACCGGAUCCAGGUGAUUCGAAAGUGCUAACAGUUGGCAAAUACGGUCUGCUUGAAGCUAUGCGAUGGGUAGCUCAAGAAACAACAAGUCUCACCAGGGACUUGGUGGAAGUCACACCGCGUUUCUUGGGCUUGAACUUCAGAGAUCUUCUUGUGGCUAUGGGUAUUGUGGACGACUCUCCCACAAGCAUGGGUAUAGAGGCUUCAGGGACAGUAACAAAUGUGGGACCUGAGGUGCACGACCUGAUCGUGGGAGACAGUGUGGUGCUUCUUUCCGCCGGUGGUUGUUUUGCAUCGCCAAUAGUCGUCCCUAGGAAGCUUUGUCACAAGAUCCCAGACAACCUUCCUUUGGAAGAAGCAGCCACCAUGCCCUGUGUCUUCAGUACAGCAAUACAUUCACUGCUUAACGUGGCUAGGAUUGAGAAGGGACAGACCAUUUUGAUACACUCCGGUGCGGGAGGAGUGGGGCAGGCAGCUAUACAGAUCUCUCAGCACGUCGGUGCAACUGUUUACGUAACAGUAGGGGACGACGAAAAAGCUAAUUAUUUGACGGAGAAAUAUGGUAUCCAUUCGGAUCAGAUAUUCAAUUCCAGAAGCCCCAGCUUUCUUGCUGGCGUCAUGCAAGCGACUCGAGGACGAGGAGUUGACGUUGUGCUUAAUUCCCUGAGCGGGGAGCUACUCCACAUAUCCUGGCAGUGCGUGGCCCAAUACGGCACCAUGGUCGAAAUCGGCAAGCGCGACAUCCUUGGGAAUGGAAGGCUAAGCAUGAAUGAGCUCCUCCGCAAUCGAGCAUUCUUCGGUGUCGAUAUGGCGCAAAUUGUCAGAGAUAAACCGGAUUUAGUCCAAGGUCUUCUCCGUCAAUGGUUUUCUUUCCAUCAACAACACGCCAUCCAGAGCAUCAGACCUAUCCAUAUGUUUGAAGCUACAAAGCCCCAAGAGGGAUUCCGUCUUAUGCAAAGAGGAAAGCAUAUUGGGAAGAUUGUCAUCAGGAUGCCUGAAAGAUCCGAGGUUCUGAGUUUAGCUCCGACUCGGUCCAAAGUUGAACCUUUCGAGGAGGGCGCCUAUCUGAUAGUUGGAGGACUUGGAGGAAUAGGUCGUCCAAUCGCCACCUGGCUCGUCGAGAAUGGAGCACGCCACCUUGUCUUCUUUUCACCAUCUGCCGGACGUUCCCAGGAGCACAAAGCUUUCUUCGAUGAAAUUCGGGCACAUGGUGCUGAGGUUACAGCUAUCAGUGGAGAUGUUAGGAAGUUGUGUGACGUUCAACAGAUUGUGAACAUGAGCCCAAAGCCAAUUGCGGGUGUCAUACAUUUAGCAAUGAUUUUACAGGACCGCUCAACCAUCGGUAUGGCCUAUGAUGCAUGGUGCGCUGCAGUCGAGCCCAAAGUCAACGGAACUUGGAAUCUCCAUUCCGUCUUUGGAGGUGCGGAUUUGAGGUUUUUUGUUCUGAUGAGCUCCAUCGGCGGAAUCCGCGGCUACCCGGGCCAGGCAAACUACGCGGCUGCGAACUCAUUCCUAAACGCUUUCGCUCACUACCGCCACUCCUUGGGGCUUCCUGCAUCGGUUAUCAAUCUAGGGGUCAUGGACGAAGUGGGAUUCGUCGCUAGAACACCGCUUGUGCUAGAGCGAUUCCGCCAGCAAGGAACGCAUAUCCUUACCAUACGGGAUCUUCUGGACGCCAUGGAACUCACUGUUGGCAACCAGCUACCGAAACACCAUUUGUCGAGCACACUCGGGCUCACUCACUUGAAUGUUGGAUUCGUCACCAUGAAGACAGGCAGUGCUCCUCGAUUGCGGCAAGAUGUCCGCCUAAGCCUUGUCCGCGAAUUUAAGCAAGACACAGCAAGCAGUCUCGGCAAUACUGAUGCCCCACUGAAAGACUUUCUAUCGAGCAUAGCUGCAGAUAGCUCUGUCUUGGCGGAUCCAACUAGUUUGGAGAUACUUACCAAGGAAAUUUCUCGCAUGUUCUGUUCUUUGCUCUCGAUAACAAAAGAGGAGUUUGACCCCGACAGGGCCAUCUCCGAUCUUGGAGUUGACUCACUUGUAAAAGUUGAGAUUCGAAAAUGGUGGCGCCGCCAUCUUGACUUGGAUAUCAGCAUCUUUCAGAUAAGCAACGCGCCAUCGGUGACACAUCUGAUCGAAUCUGCGGUGCAGUCCUUAGGCGCAAAGUUCGUACCUCAUUGA